GGAAAGAUUGUUUAUGGCGAGUGGAACUCGAAAUUUUCAUAAACAAAUAAUAAUAAAAUUUUUGUAAUCAAUUUUACCAUGCACCUUUCAAACAAUACAUAUCUUAUUUGUAAAAUACUUUUAUAACAUUUUAAGCAAUGCCUCAGAUAAAAUCCUGAUGCGAAAUAGUUUUGAGUUUUUAGGAUUUAUUAUGGAUUAAUAUUAAAUUAUUAUAGGCCAAUGGAAACGACAACACAAGAGUUUUCUUGUAAGAACGACGGCUGUACUAUGACAUUCACUUGUGAAGACCAAUUGGUAGCGCAUGAAAAAAGACAUGAAAUGGUUCUAAAUCUAGGGCCUUUGAAAGCUAAUUUAUUUAAUACUGAUCAAACUCCAACUCCCACACGCUUCAUAAGAAACUGCGAUGAGGUAGGUCUCUUUCAAGAUUUGCAAAAUGUUAAUCCUUUUGAAGAAACAUUUCGAAGAGCUGUUGAACAAAAUAAAAAUGGUGGACCAGUUUAUCUUGCCACACCUAGUUCAAAUGCCUUGAACGAUGAUACUUUACACACGCCUCAUAUUUUUCCAAAUUUCAAUAAUGCUGGUGAAAAUUCAUUUUUGAUGAUAGAUGAACAAUCAUCUACAAAUAGUCAAACAAAUCAAAGUGCACAACAGCCAAGUACUUCAGCUGAUAGUUCAUCAUUGAAGUCUGUCUCAACAAAUGUACCUGAUGAUAAAAGAUUGAACACAAUUAAGCAAUCUUCGUUAAGUGACAAUACGACUAUUGCUCCAGACAGUAAUUUGAAAGACCUCAAUAAUAGCCAACUUGUUCUUCUGGCAGACAACAAUGUUGUUUCCAAAGAAACUCCACAAAUUCCAAAAGUUAAUCAUGUUAUUAAUUUAUCUAGUGGUAAUAGUGUAUUGCUUCCAGUAUUAGAACAAAUACAUAUAAGUGAGGAAGUUGCUGAGCAACUUAUAGCCAAUAAUAGCAUAGCUUUACAAAAUCACAAACCAACUAAUGAUAUUUCAAAUGUAAAAAAACAACUUAAGGCAUCAAUUCUUAAGAAUACACAACAAUCUGUAGUGAAUACCUCUCUACUGAAUACUGCCAGUGCAAUAACCAGUGUUCCAUCGGUGUCUUCAGUUGUUGCAACAAAUGAUUCAUCCACAUUUGGCAUUAGUGGUCUUCGAAAUAUCUUACCUAAACAUGUUUCAGAACUCAAGCGGCCACUUAAUGAUAAAAAGUCACCAAUUAAAAGUAAAGUAAAAACAUCGAAAGUGAAAGAUGUUCAGAAAAAAGAGAAAACAAAAGUUGAAGUACCUCAAAAAGUAAACACUAAUAAUGAUAAAACCCAAAAAUCAAAAAAUGAUGACCUCCAGCGUAAACAAUUUCUUGAGCGCAACAGAGCAGCAGCGUCUCGUUGGAGGGUGAAAAAAAGAGAGCAAAUAAGAGAACUGAUUCGAAGAAAUCACCAACUGGAACAGGAAAACACUACUUUGAAGUCUGAAUGUGCUGAAUUAAAAAAAAUGUUAUUGACUCAUAAAAACUGUACACUAGCAGUGCCGCCAUCCUUCAUUUCUGGUCCUGUCACUGAAUUGAAUUCCAUCACACCACUCGGAAUUCAGAGUUCUGCAAUAAACGCUAUCAAUAAAAUUGCGAUUAGAAAUAAUGUGCAUAAUAUAAAUGUAUCGCUCAAUACUUGAUGCAUGCAUUGUCAUUGACAACAAUUGUGAUAUAUUCUAGGUUAAAAUUAAAUAAUAAGAUA